AUGUCAUCGAUUAAAAGAUUAUCAAUUUUGAAAAAUUAUUACAAUACUAUUGGUCAGUAUAGUAGAGCACCGGUAGUUAUUGUUGGUGAUGGUGGUGGUGGUGGUGCUCAACAUAGUAGUCGACAGUACUAUCAUUAUACCAAUGCUACUGAUCUGACACAAGUCAUACCCGACCGCAAACCGAAGUGGAUGUCCGCCGAUGAGGCCGUCAGUGUUGUCAAGUCAGGUGACCACGUGUUUGUGCACAGUGCUGCCGCUACACCCCGGCUACUGGUUCAGGCACUGGCCCGACAUGGCCUCGACCACCGAUUACGUAACAUACGGGUACAUCAUACGCAUACGUCGGGCGACGCCGACUAUAACCGGCCAGAAAUGGCCGAUAUAUUCCGAUCAAACUCGUUGUUUACGGGCGGUAAUUGUCGUCAAUCUGUAUGCGAUGGACGAUCGGAUUAUACCCCGGUAUUCCUCAGUGAUAUACCCAAACUGUUUUAUACGGGUGUUAUAGGUUUGGAUGUGGCACUGGUAUCGGUAACACCCGCCGAUAAACAUGGCUACCACUCGUUGGGUACGUCGGUAGACGUGGCCCGUGCAGCUGUCCAGUGCGCCAAACAUGUUAUCGGUCAGGUCAACCAGCAAAUGCCCCGAACCAGUGGUCACGCCAUUGUACAUGAAUCCCGAUUUGCAGCACUAGUCSCGGGAGAUAUGCCAYUACCCGAGUACGGGACCAAACGCAAGACCCGGAUUGAGUUGGCAAUCGGCAAAUUGAUUGCCGAAAAUCUAGUUGAAAACGGUUCGACCAUUCAGAUGGGUAUCGGUAAUCUACCCGAUAUUGUACUCGCUAUGCUUACCGGUCAYCGGGAUCUGGGAGUUCAUACGGAAAUGUUUUCCGACGGUGUGGUCGAUCUGUGCAAUUUAGGUGUAAUAACCAAUCGAUAUAAACGUUUACAAACGGGUCGGAUAACCGCAUCGUUUACAAUGGGAACGAAAAAAUUGUGGGAUUUUUUAGAUGACAACCCGUCGGUAACAAUGAUGUCCAUUGACUAUGUAAACAAYGAGUUCAAUAUUGCCCAGAAUCCGAUGGUUACCGCUAUUAAUUCGUGUCUUGAAGUGGACAUUGUUGGCCAGGUAUGUGCCGACUCUAUUGGUACCAGGGUUUAUUCAGGUUUCGGUGGACAGGUAGAAUUUUUGAGAGGUGCAGCCAAUGCACUGGACGGCAAAGGACGGCCUAUACUGGCCAUGCCGUCGAUAACUACUAAAGGCGAAUCAAAAAUUGUCCCCUACUUGAAACUGGGUGCUGGUGUAGUAUCUACUAGAGCUCAUGUACACUAUAUGGUUACCGAGUAUGGUAUCGGACAGUUGUUUGGUAAAAACUACCGACAACGAGCCUACGAACUGAUUAGGUUAGCCCAUCCCGACUAUCGGGAAUCGCUGGAGAAGGCGGCCUACGAACGAUUGAAUUGUAUGCCAUCACCCGAUUAGGUACUCUCUCUCUCUCUCUCUCUGUGUCUCUCUCUCUCUCUCUCUCUCUCUCUCUCUCUCUCUCUCUCUCUCUCUCUCUCUCUCUCUCUCUCUGUAUCUCUCUGUCUCUCUCUCUGUCUCUGUCUCUCUCUCUUUGUCUAUCACUCACUCACUCACUAA